AAAAUCAAUUGGUACUAUUAAAAAAACCCAGCACAGGGGGCCACGACACAGUGGUGACGUGGCAUAGUUGAAUCAAAAACAAUUUUGUGAUAAACAUUACACAAUAUUAAAAUAAUAUCAAUUAAAAUUAUCUGUCAUAAAUAAGCUUAUAACCAUAGUUAAAAUGAAGAUAUUUUUUUUAUUCACGUUUUAUUUAAUGAUUAUAGAAACUUCUCAGAUGGAUUGCUGUUGCGGCAAUCAAAGCAAAAAAGAAUAUGAAAAUGCAGUAAAUAUAUUGAAGAACUGUAUUGAUACUGUUUUUAAAAAUAUGCCAGAUUAUAAAAAUGGUUUUACUAACAUUAAGACUCUUACUAAAGCUGUACAAGAUUAUCAGAGCAUGUAUAUACGAGCAAAAAAUCUAAAAAAUGCAUUUGAAAUUGAUAGAAUUAAUACAGAAUUGGGACUAAGACUUGCUGCAGAUAAUGUAAAUAACGAAAAUUUGGUUCAAAGUCUAAAAGAAUGCGUAGAAACAUUUCAUGGAAAUUUAAACAUUGUAGCUUAAUAUCUCUAUGUUGUAGAAUUGUAUGAUGUGACCGCGAUGUCUAUUAUAAUAGGAAUCAAAAAAGUUUAAAAAUAUUAAUCAUAUAAAUAUA